AUGCGUUACUGGGGCGGGCUGUCACGGCGUGCCGACCGGGCCCCCGGCACUACCGCACAUCCUCCGGCUGCUUCCUGCGACAGGCGGGCGGGCCGCGGCACUCCCGCUAGCGGGCGGCGGGGCUCCUCCUCUUCCUCCCCGUCCGCAGCCCUCCUCCCGUGGCCGGGACGCGGGCCUCCUCCUCCUCCUUCUCCUCCCCGCCACAGCCCCCGCUCUGAGCGUGGCAGGACCGGCCGAGUGCCCCGCGGCUUCCUGCCGGCCGCGGCGCGGCGCGGGCCCCGGGCGCGGAGGGCGCAACACCGGGCCCGUGGCCCGCCCCGCGCGAGGGGCCCCGCGGCGGCCGGGAAAGGCCCAGGCGGCCCCGUCCCCCCACCUCCCCCCCGCCCUGUCUCCGCGCUCUACCUGGAGACCAGCGCCAGGCGCAUCCUGCUCGGAACUAGCCCGCGGGCAAGCCCCACGGGCAGCCCCGCCGGACGGAGGGCCGGCGCGGCUGCGGCGAGGAGGAGGAAGAGGAGGCGAGGAGGCCUUUCCCUUCCACGGGCGGGCGCGGCGGCCCCGCUGCGCUGCAGCGGCCCGGGGAGCGCGGGCUCCAACUGCAGCUCCCUUCGCCCAAGAUGGGGCUCAACUUCUCUUGCGCUGCACCCUGGGAAGGGGGGCGGCCACACCCCCCCAGACGCUACAGCGUGA